AUGGCUUCUGGCUCAAGCAAAGUUUAUGCUAUAACUGACGACACGGAAACGUCGGGUCAGAUUAAUGACGUCGGAAUAUCUCAAGAUCAAGAGUUACCAGAAGCUGAAUCCGGGUUAGAAAAGUCAGUUAUAAAAAGGAUAGAUCUGUGGCUGGUCGGGUUUUAUUCGUUGGUUUAUAUUUUCAGGGUUAUCGACUCAGCCAAUUACUCGAACGCAGCAAUAAUCAAUCUUGAGCAUGGGACAGGUAUAAAGAAACAACUCGGACUGAGUCCCUCACAGUGGGCAUGGACGUUGUCUAUUUUCUCAUAUAGCUAUAUGAUCUUCGAACCAACAAAUACUUUAGCAAUGAAAGUGUUUUCCCCUUCGCGGUGGAUGUUCGUCCUUAUUCUCGGCUGGGGUAUAUCUGCCUGCUCAUCUUCCGCAGCACAGGAUUUUAAAGGUAUGAUGUGCGUCCGCUUUGCCAUCGGCAUGGCAGAGGCGGGUUUUUUCCCAGCCGUACUUUAUCACAUGGCCUUCUGGUAUAAACCUAGGGAGAUGCCCCAACGAAUUGCCAUUUUUUACUCCGUCGGUCAGCUUUCUCCAGCGGUGAGCGGUCUGCUUGCUUACUCUAUCGGAUUUAUGGAUGGAUUAGGAGGCCUCGCUGGCUGGCGGUGGCUUUUCUUAAUCGAAGGUCUACCCGCCAUUGCCCUCUCGGCCGUAGCACUAUGGCUCCCUGACUACCCGGAGACGGCUCGUAUGCUCACGGACAAGGAGCGAGCCGUUCUCCAAGAACGUCUCGCACAGACUGCCCCGACAGGCAAGAAAGGGAGCUGGGACUUCGAAUCUCUGAGAAAGCUCUUUAAAGAUCCAACUUUUUAUACCUUUUCCAUCUUCUGGAUCUGCCACGGCAUCGGCGGAUUUGGAAUCGGGACCGCACUGCCUACUGUCAUCUACGAGCUGGGAUUUACGACUACAUCCAACUCGCAGUUAAUGAACAUUCCUCCAUAUGUUUCUGCGUUCCUAUUCCUUAAUAUCGUCGGUUAUUUUCUACAUAAAAAAACCAUCAGGCCGUGGACGACCGCGGUAGCGAUUGAGUUGGCGAUCAUCGUCUGCUAUAUUGUUCUCUUCACCGUCCAAAAUGCACUGGCAAGAUAUAUAUUUAUGAUCAUCGCCGUGUCGUGUGCCGGCUCGGCGUAUCCGGUAAUAUGGCCCGAACGCAUUCGAGAUCUCGAGGGGACCGUCGGAUCGGGGCUCGGCAUCGGAUGGACGAAUGCGAUGGCUCAGUUCAGCGGCAUCGCGGGUCCUCAUGUGUUUAGUACGGUAUUUGGUCCGACGUACCACGUGUCAUACGGGAUCUGCCUUGGGUUUCUUUGCGUAGGGAUCGCAUCGAUACUUACCUCGUGGCUUCUUGUUUGGCGGAAAGAUCGGAAGAGACAGGCAGAAGAGGGUUUAAAUGUGUAAAUGCGAGCCUAUAGAAUAUGUGAGGUAAAAGAUAAACAAAACUAAAUUAUGAUUAUAGCUUUAAUUAUGUUGCACAGCAUGAAGUAGGAAUUUGGGGUUGGCG